AUGGACAUUCACACGCGUGACGAUCCGUUCGCGUACGGUUACGGCAAUGGCUACGGUGUUGUGGACAAUGUCGACACAUUGGAUGGGCUUUUCAGUUCCACCGCCCCUGACAAAAACAGUCAAGAGGUUGGCGUGCUGGAAAAAAAGCAGGGGUUUCUUCCCCUGUUGCAGUCUAAAGGCACCCCGGGGUUUUGUUCACCACCGAGGAAAAGUCCCUCCCCGAAAUUGGGCGGCAACGACAAGAACGGCGAUGAUGAAGAUGUGAAAAAUGCCGCCACCACCACCACCACCACUGUCGCCAGGCGCACCAGGGUGUCUCUCCCCAACUCAGACGCAACGAGGCCCCUGGCACGCAGUCCGGAUGGUUCUCCACAAAGGGGGCAGGGAGCUGCCGCCGGAAAUGUAGGCCAAGUAGUUAUCAGGAGCCGAGUCAGCCUUCCGCACACGAAGCCAAACGGGUUGCGAGAAUCGUUGUCGCAGCCGCGGCAGCAGCCACUAAGCAAAGCUUUGCAUGAUGGCACAAAUAAGAAUGACAUCCCUGUGGAUGCCCCACCCAAUGGAAGGCGCGUAAGCACGCGAAAGAUUUUUUUUAAUGCAACAGCAACCAAGGCACAAAACAACGCAGUGAAAAGGCAGGGGGGUGAAGAUGGAAGGAGAAAAAUCUACUUCUCCGGAGAGAGGGCUAGAGCGCCCACAGAAAAAGCCUCUGUCACCGCCAUCCCAGGAGCUCCUGGAGAGGCGUUCAUUAGGAGGAAACACCCGACGGUGUCUGAGGCCCCAACGCCGGGAGGCAAGAAUACGCUGAAAUCAACAAGCACAGCUCCCGUGUCCGUGUGCACACCGAGUAAAUCUGAGAAUAACAAAACCGAGUCGAUUCAGCCCCUCAAAAAAACGGACGGUUGGGUAGAAAAAGAACAAGAUAUGAUGGGGCAACACGUCAUUGCGUACGAAAGUCCUCCUACCGAAGACGGGAAGCAUCCCCCAUCGAACGUGCCGGAAAUUGACAAUCAGGGUCCUCCUGUUCACCCCUCUGUCAAUGACCAUCAGAAAACACCCAAAACACGUGAGAAAAGCGACUCUAUUGAUCAUGGAUAUGAGGAUGAAAAGGCAGCUCUUCAUCGUUCCUUUCACACAGAAAUGUGGGACACACUCAUAGAAGUAUCUGGAGAAAAAACUCUAACUAGUAGGUCUGAGGAAUAUGGUACGGAACGAUCCCACAGGGGGGAGGUUUCCAGGGAAAGCACAGAUGAUAUGCAAGAAAUGCAUGAUCACAUCGAUGAACUUGUGAGCACAUCAGCAGAGGCCAUGGUCCGAUUGCGGCUGUUUUCUUCAGCAGAAAAAAGGUGGCCGGAGAUUGAAAUGUGGGCAGCCGCGCCGCUUCUUAUGUUUACUCCUCCACCGAAUCCAAAUUCAUCAACAGCGGGUGUAAUUGAGUACGCAGGGGAGCAGCUGGAGUUGGAUUGGAAUCUGCACAAUGUGAUUGCUCAGGUCUUUCAUCACGACCGUCCACGGAAUCUGACUUACCCGGAAGAAAUGCCUCUAGAAUUGGAAAAGACAAAAACAAAGCGUCGUCCACGUACACCACGUAGUUUCUACGGAGUGAAGGGAGCGAGGAUGCCAUCGGAUUGGUUCCGCCAUGCAUUGGGUAACAUAAAACAUGUCAAUAGCCCAGAUCUGGAGGCAAUCGAUGCAGCCGAGGUGUCCAAGAAAAUUUCCCACAGCAGGGUACGUUGA